UUCCGGGACGCUUCCUGCGCGGGGCCUUGUGGGUAGCCGGCGGGUCCGGGCGACGGCGAUGGCGGGGGACGCGGGCGGGCGCCGCUGCCCGGACUCAGAGCUGCUGCUGCACCCGGAGCUGCUGUCCCGGGAGUUCCUGCUGCUCACGCUGGAGCAGAAGAACAUAGCUGUUGAAAAUGAUAUAAGAAUAAACAAAGACAAUCUUACUGAUCUGUAUGUCCAACAUGCAAUACCAUUGCCUCAGAGAGAUUUGCCAAAGAACAGAUGGGGGAAAAUGAUGGAAAAGAAAAGAGAGCAACAUGAACUAAAAAACGAGACUAAAAGGAGCAGCAGUGGAGAUGUGUCAAAGAAGAGACCUCUCAUUGUGUUUGACGGAAGUUCGACAAGUACAAGCAUAAAAGUGAGAAAGACGGAGAAUGGGGACAAUGAUCGACUCAAGCCUCCGCCUCAGGCAGGCGCUACCAGUAAUGCCUUUCGAAAGUUAUCCAGUUCCUCUUCGAGUGUGUCACCCCUAAUUCUGUCUUCCAAUUUGCCCGUGAACAAUAAGACGGAACACAGUAACAAUGACACUAAACAGAACCAUGACUUAGCGCAUGGGAAAAGUCCUUUGUCCCCCGUGGGAACGACGCCGGUGAAGCUAAAGCGAGCUGCUCCGAAAGAAGAAGCCGAGGCCGCGGAUAACCAGAAACCCCCAGAAGCAAAGAGGAAGAUACAACACGUUACAUGGCCAUGAAGGAAAGGUUCCAAAAAUUAGGUUGGUAUUAACAGCUGAACUGUGUAACAUUGUUGCUUCAAAUUGAAGUUUAUAUUAUGAACAUUCAGAGUCAGCGCUCAUAUAGCAGCAUGUUCUCGACCUACUUUGAGUUUGAAAUGUGGAGGAGCUAAGCUGGGUCUGUGUGGCCCAGACACCAACCUCCCGGAGCGGGUGCCUUCCGGUGCAGCGAGCCGUCCUCCACGUCUCCGUGCGGGAGCAGCCCGCCGAGCCCGCCAAGCCUGCCAGGGCGGACGGGAAUCGGGAAGGGGUGUUGCUUUGGUGAGCUUUGGAGCUGAGAAGGCCUUGAAUGGCUGACAACUUCGGAAUCCUCUGUACUCCCUGACACAGGUUACUGUUGCUGCUCUCGAUUCUGUCGUCCAGGAGAGCCAGUGCUUCUUGUUGGGGCAGGAAGGCGAAUGGCAUUGGUGUCAGAGGGUGGCCUCUGAGGUGGAGUUACAGGCACUUGACCGCUGCCUGCCCUUGCCAGGUGGUCUCGUUCUUUUCUUCCUCCCCCUCUUGGUUCCCCGUUUUCCUUGCUCAUGUUUCCUUUCCCACAUUUUCAUGUUCUUUGCCUUCAUCUCCUUCCUCCUUUCUGUACAUCCUGAGCUUCAGGCGUGGUCACACAGCGGGGCCUGCUCAUUCGCUGCGGCGGAGCCCGCCCGGUCCGCCCUGAGCCGGGAGAUCGGGCUGCGCGAGAGCUCUGAGUACCAGCCCGGGGCCAGGCGCACGGCCUCGGGGCUGCGGCUGCGGCGCCCCACGCUCCGCAGCCAGGCCUGUGGGAAGCUGGUUCAGCUUCUGCCGUGAGGCUGCUGUUUUUGCUAUAUUCAAGUUCCUCAGAAUUGUAAUUAUUUUUUUGAAGUAAUAUUUUGGUUGCUUAAGUUUUCAGAAACAAUUCUAAACUGAUCUAGAGACUCAUUCAAUAGCAGUGACCUUUUUAAAACUUACAUUAAGUAAAACUGCCAGUAGCUUAAAUCACAUGUAUGUCAGAGCCUCCUCUGUUCUCUACUGUGGGACUUCACAUAUUUUUAAGUGUGCUCUUUUAUUAAAUGCUCGUACAGGUUUUGUAAUUGAGUACAGAAAGUUUAACCUUGUAAUGUACAUUUUUUUGUAUGUAAAAAGUCUUUUAAGUAGCCUUAUCCUUAUUUAAAUAAACUGAAUAAAAUGACUGAGUAGGCCUGUCAUUUGUAAAAAAAUAAAAUGAAAAAAAUACUCCGUAA